UUUGCCAUCGAAGCGUACGGGGGAAACGUCAAGAUAGUCUUGGCUUUGAUCAGUGUAGACGUCGUCUUGUUGCCGGAUGACGGAGGCCUAGAAGGGCAAAAGGAUUCUAGUUUCUAGCCUAGAGUUUCCCGUCUGGUGAUUGUCGUAACCGAUCUGUCUAUGCUUAGCCUAUUCUGUCUUGAACCAUCCGCUAUCAUCUCUUGAGCUUUGUACAUGUGCUCUGGAUGAGAUAUUUACGACCUGGCCGGCUAUGUCGGACGAUCUGGGGCCAUACAGUGCGGCAAAUCAAGAUCGGGCCGUGGUCACCUCGGAGUGGCUGCCGAAAAAGCUAUGGGACGAGUGAUGAAGAAAAAUGACCGCGCUUACUGCCCUGAGCGCAGUAAAGAGUCGUAGGAUUAGCAGGAAAGAGGAACACGGCCCCUUCCUUGUACGCUUUGCAAUCUCGAGAAUUAGUAACACUUGCAAGUGUUCAGUAAGACGUGGAUGCGAGAAGCACGAUACUGCCGAGAUCCGGCCCCAAGGUUACAGCCGCUACCCUUCGGGUGAUUGCGUAGUUGAUGGAGAGCCCCCCAUAACUAAACUCUGCAAAGAAGCCUUCUCUCGAUCGUCAUGGUCUCAAAAUGGGUGUCCACCCAUUGCCAAGUCGGAAGACGGAUGUCGAAAAUGGGCAGCAGGCUGUGAGCUGUCAUCACCCCGUGCGAAAUGGCAUAGUUUGCCCAGGGCGUGUGGAAAAAUGCAACUCAGCAUCGGACGAGAGUCGCAUUCGGUGAUCACGCCAGUUCCACUGCUACAGAAGCUCACGAUCCGUCAUAAUACGUAG